CGUCGUCAUCCAGUUCCUGGCGUGGAGAAAGCUGAUGCAUUGGGAGAGAUUAUUGGAGGAAGCUUUUACAUUUUUGAACAAAAUAUCCACACUUAAAGUUUUGUUGACACUCCAACGCGAGGAGUGCCGCAUAUCAAUAGCAACUGAAAAAGAUCAUAUUUUCCGUGCAUGAUGACAGCAGGUCUGGCCUUUAUUGCGCGUCGCUCUCGCUAACAGUCCGCGAAGCUGACAAAUGUUCUCGCUGAGGAGUGAAUUGCCGGCUGUCGCUGGUAAUCAUUAGGUUGUCUGCCGGCACCCAAAGUGCUUUUAUUUCUGCCCAUUAGUUUGGUGAGAAAAUGGCCGGGUAUGGUCAAGCGUGCUCCCCCCUUCCACUCAGACUGAUGCAGUAGGCAGCGCGAGUAUGGGAAACAUAAACGAGUUUGAAGUAUCUCUAUUUAUACCAGUGGCAGUUUCCCCUCUCUUUAUAUUUCCGUGUCUGCAUCUCUUUCUACACAACUGACUCCGAAGGAUCUUCGCCUUUUUUUUUCUCCUUUUUUUUUUGGUGUGAAGUAGCAGUGCACACGCAUGUCAAUAUUGUGAGACUGGCGUGUAAUUAUUAUUCAAAGGUUAAAGAGUGGAUUGAUCCACAGAGGAGUGUCAAGGGCAGAUCAAAGGGAUUUGGGGGAGGAUCGGACCAAAAAUGUUAAAAGCUGCUCCCUCUCAAACACAGAGACAUCAAUCUUCCCGUGAGCACCUUGAUGUCCUCCGAGGAGAACUUGAUCAAAGCUCUCGGAACAAAGAUGGCCUCAGAAGAUGAUCUGACCUCAGCUGCGAUCCACUUCUGUCUUUCACUUUACUUUUACCAGUCUCCAUUUACCUGCCUGAGCUCCCCGGCACUUCCCCUCGUUUCCGUGUUUGUGCUGCUGGUUAGGCCGUCUGAAUAUCAAUGAAGCGGUCUCACCGAUGUAUUACAAACACAAGAGAACGGUGAUUAAAGAUGACAUAUCUAAGCCUCGCUCCCUUCCCCUCUCCUCUCUUCUCUUUUCCACAGGAGAUCGCAGCUUACUUGAUAACAUUUGAAAAGCAUGAAGAAUGGCUAACGACAUCCCCUAAAACAAGGCCGCAGAAUGGGUCGAUGAUAUUGUACAAUAGGAAGAAGGUGAAGUACAGAAAGGAUGGCUACUGCUGGAAGAAGAGGAAAGACGGGAAGACCACACGGGAGGAUCACAUGAAGUUGAAAGUGCAGGGAGUCGAGUGUCUGUAUGGCUGCUACGUCCACUCCUCCAUCAUCCCCACCUUCCACCGUAGAUGCUACUGGCUGCUCCAGAACCCUGAUAUCGUGCUCGUCCACUAUUUGAAUGUUCCGGCCAUUGAGGAUUGUGGUAAACCAUGCGGUCCGAUCCUGUGCUCCAUCAACACAGACAAGAAGGAGUGGGCCAAGUGGACGAAGGAGGAGCUCAUCGGCCAGCUCAAGCCUAUGUUUCAUGGCAUCAAGUGGACUUGCAGCAAUGGGAACAGCAGCUCUGGCUUCUCAGUGGAGCAGCUAGUGCAACAGAUUCUGGACAGCCACCAAACUAAGCCACCUCCCCGGACUCACAACUGCCUCUGCACGGGCACCCUGGGUGCAGGCAGCAGUGUGCACCACAAAUGCAACAGCGCCAAACACCGCAUCAUCUCCCCUAAGGUGGACCCCCGCUCAGGAGGCUACAGCACCGCUCACUCUGAGGUACAGAACAAUGAUGUGUCGGAGGGGAAGACCGAGCACAGCGGCCAUGGUGGAGGGAAAAGCUCCGGAGGAGGAGGAGGAGGAGGGGGAAGCGCCAGGGAGAAACGCAACGGCAAAGUCCACAAGCCUGUCCUGCUCCACCAGAACAGCACGGAAGUGUCAUCCACCAACCAGGUGGAGGUCCCUGACACCACGCAGAACUCCCCUGUGUCCAUCAGCAGUGGCCUCAACAGCGAUCCAGACAUGGCUGACAGCCCCGUGGUGACAGGGAUGAGCCACGUGGCCUCUGUCAUGUCUGGCCUGUCCCAGAGUGUCUUUAUGUCCGAGGUCACCGGAGACCCUGUUUACAGCAUGUCUCCUACCGGGGGUCCCAACACUCACCUGAUGGGUGCAGAUGCCACCUCACAGGGCUUGGUGCUGUCUGUGGCCUCUGACCGUCACAAAUUUGCCUUCCCCGCUGGAGGAGUAGGGGAACCCGGGACUGCCGUGGCAGGAGACAGCUUGUCCAUGCUGACUUCGGCGGGGGUGUCCGAGGAACUGGUGCUCUCCAGCAGUCUGGACGCCGGAAGCAUCAAGAUCCCAGAGACCAAUAUGAACUUUGACCCCGACUGCUUCCUGAACAACCCCAAACAGGGCCAGACCUACGGAGGCAGUGCAAUGAAGACGGAGGGCAACUCGUCCUCCUCCUCCGGUGGCAGCAGGUGCACCAACGGCAGUCUGCAGCGCUCCCCCACCAUGUCGGAUAACGGCUACAUCUUCAACUCGGCUUUGGUGAAGAAUAUCAAGAUAGAAGACACGUCGUUUGAGCAGCAGCUGGCUAAAGAGAGUAGUUACCAGGUGGGGCCGGUAGUAAACUGUGGCAGCGGGGUGUCUGUGUCAUCUGGUGCUGGUUCAGGCCCGGGCAGCCUUACUCUGACAGCAGCAGGAUCCCUACUUCCUUCUGGUGGGGGUCUGAGUCCCAGCACCACACUGGAGCAAAUGGAUUUCAGUGCUAUAGAUGCCAAGCAGGACUAUACUUCCGGCGCGACCACAGUGAGCUACGGUCAGGCCAUGUCCAGUCCUCACAUGCAACACCAGAACCGUUCACCUAGCUUCUUCCUCCAGGAUUCUUCUCAGACCGGUCAGGCUCAGCAGGGGAGGCCCGGCAUGGGCCAGAAAACACAUUUGAUGGACCACAACUCCCAUGACUCUGGAGCUUAUAUGGGGCUGCAGGUGGUGAAGACGGACUCCCCCGGCAGCAACGGCCACCUCCACCACCACCACCAGGCCCACCAGGCCCACCAGACCCAGCACAGGGCCAACUGUAACGGAGGCUCACCCACAGAGGGGCCUGGCCAGGCUGGCUCUCUGCAGCUGCUCCAGUACCAGGGGAGCUUUCCCGGGAUGGGCGCUGAGCACGAGGAGGUGGUGGGUCUGGAUCAACCGGGCAAUGUGAGUUCGGCUCAGGUUGGAGCCACUGAUGGAGCUGAGAAUCUACUCAAGCCAGUGGACCACAUUCAGGCCUGCGGGGCAGGAAACGGAGAGGUCGCAGAGCACUACCUGCAACAGGCCUCGGACGUUGGCGGUGGAGGGACUGGAGGCGCAGGAGACGGAGUAGCGAUCCAUAAUGGCAACAACAGCGACGGCAGCAACCGCUCCCAGCAGCAGCAGCAGCAGCAGCAGCAGCAGCUUCAGCCUCUCCUCCAAGGCACGAGUCUGGUCCAGGGACUCUACAACGCCGUCGGAGCCCACCAAGGCCUCGGAGGAGCGGCCAGUAACGGGGGAGCGGGAGGGACGGGCAUGGAGAUCAGUCUGGAUCACUUUGACAUCUCUUUUGGGAACCAGUUCUCUGACCUCAUCAAUGACUUCAUCUCAGUGGAUGGCAGUGGAGCCACCAUGUCAGCCGGAGGGGCCCUGUAUGCUCACCAGCUAGUCACAUCCCACAGCUCCAAUGGCCAGAACACAGGUGGUGGGGCCCCCCAGCAAGGCCAGGAAGACGGAGGGGCCAGGGGCUCUGGCUACAGCCCAUCUGAGCUCUGCCUUCAACCCUGCUGCAGCCCCCAGUCUCUGAGUGGAGGUGCUGGAGCAGGGGGAACCACGGGAGAGCCCGGCUCAUUGUCCUACAUGAAUGUAGCAGAGGCGGUCUCUGCAGCUGUAGCCCAGGGGGCUCUGGGGAUGCUUCAGGCCACGGGCCGGCUCUUCAUGGUCACUGACUACUCCCCUGAGUGGUCCUACCCGGAGGGUGGCGUUAAGGUGCUGAUCACUGGGCCCUGGCAGGAGGCCAGCUCCAACUACAGCUGCUUGUUUGACCAGAUCUCAGUCCCAGCCUCUCUCAUCCAACCGGGGGUGCUGCGCUGCUACUGCCCAGCUCACGACACAGGCCUGGUGACGCUGCAGGUGGCAGCGAGCAGCCAGAUCAUCUCCAACUCGGUGGUGUUUGAGUACAAGGCCCGCGCUCUGCCGUCGCUGCCGUCCUCUCAGCACGACUGGCUCUCGCUGGAUGAUAACCAGUUCAGAAUGUCUAUCCUGGAGCGCUUGGAGCAGAUGGAGAGGAGGAUGGCAGAGAUGGCCAGCCACCAGCAGUCGAGCAGUGCAGGGAGUGGCGGAGCUGGGGGAGGAACUGGGGGAGGAGGAGGAGGAGGAGGGGGAGGCGGAGGAGGUGGAGGCGGAGGCAACAACAGCCAGUCACAGUGUUUAUCUGGUCAGGCCAGCAGCUCUUUUGAGAGUCGUGUCGUCGUGGUCUGUGAGAAGAUGAUGAGCAGAGCUUGCUGGGCCAAGUCCAAACAUUUAAUCCACUCCAAGACCUUCAGAGGCAUGACACUCCUUCACCUGGCUGCAGGCCAGGGCUACGCCACCCUUAUCCAGACACUCAUCAAGUGGCGCACCAAACAUGCUGAUAGUAUUGAUUUGGAGUUAGAGGUGGACCCUCUCAAUGUAGAUCACUUCUCCUGCACGCCUCUGAUGUGGGCAUCUGCGCUGGGUCACCUGGAGGCAGCGGUAGUCCUAUAUAAAUGGGACAGACGUGCACUAGCCAUCCCAGAUUCUCUGGGUCGCUUACCCCUCUCCAUCGCCCGAUCUCGCGGCCAUACCAAAUUGGCGGAAUGUCUGGAGCAGCUCCAAAGGGAAGAGCAGCAGCCGCCAGCCCCUCUACCACCCGCAACUCGCAUGUCUUUCUCCCCGGCCCCCGACACCCCCACCACCGACAGCUGGAUGGUCAACUGGGCGAACAACAGUGGAGUAGCACCCAGUGGCAAGAAAGGGGGUCCUGCCACCACUACCACCACAUCCAGCACCACAAGCCUCAACCCAGACUUGAGAAGGCCCAGGUCAGAGCCCUCCAACUACUACAGCAGCGAGGGCCAAAGAGACCUCCCACUAGCUAAAAAACAUAAACCCAACCCAGAACUGUUUCAGACUCGGCCCGACAAGGCCAUGUCUGUCCCGCUGAGCCUGGAGCAGCAACAGCCCCACAAGCUGUCCUCUGGUCCCAAGAGCCUGUCCUCAGAGGGCCUGAGCUCAGACAAAGGCCUGUCCACAGGAGGCAGCACGGGGACCACCAGAUGGACCUCCAGAGAGAGUUUCUCUAGCAGCGGCAUGGGGAGGAAGGCGUUGGGGGUCAGUGGAAGCAGCAGCUUGGGGAAGGAGAAACUGGUGAACCGGUUGCGUCAACGGGAACAGCUGGGCAUGCUGGUGAUAGCUGACAGGGAAAUGGCUGAUGCAGAACUAUUAUCCUAUCGGGAAGAUCUGGAGAACCAGGACUGUCUCACACAGAUGGAUGACCUGCAGGCAAAUAUGAUGACUCUGGCAGAGCACAUCAUUGAAGCAACUCCAGAGAGAAUCAAAAGGGAGAACUUCACCGCAGCAGACUCUGUGCCCUUAGACACAUCAGGGGUCAGCAACACCAUGAACUGGCUGGCCAACUACCUUGGAGAUGUGGAACAGCUGCCGAGCAUCAUGCACCUACGAUCUCUUUACAAUGAACCCUUGAACCCAUCAUCCAACCCCAGCCUCAGUCCUGGGGGGUCUCCAUUGAGAGAGGGGCCCCAGGAGAGGUCUGCGCUCCCGUCCCCAGCUGACUGGAGUGAGUUCAUCAAUGCCUCCAACAGCAAAGUGGAGCGAGACCUGGCCCAGCUGACUCUGUCUGAUCCAGAGCAGAGAGAGCUGUAUGAGGCCGCCCGCCUAGUCCAAACUGCCUUCCGCAAGUACAAGGGGCGUCCGCUCCGAGAGCAACAGGAAGUCGCUGCUGCUGUUAUUCAACGCUGUUACAAGAAAUACAAACAGUAUGCACUUUAUAAGAAGAUGACGCAGGCCGCCAUCCUUAUCCAGAGUAAAUUCCGCAGCUACCACGAACAGAAGAAGUUUCAGCAGAGCAGGAGGGCCGCCGUGCUCAUUCAGCAAUACUACCGCAGCUACAAGGAGUUUGGCAGGCUGAAGCCGCACCACCGCGGGGCUGCUGCUGCCCUGGUGCAGCACAAACUGAGAGGUAGUCUGCUCACAAAGAGGCAGGAUCAAGCUGCCAGGAAGAUCAUGAGGUUCCUGCGUCGCUGCCGCCACAGCCCUUUGAUGGACCAUAGACUGUUCAAGCGGGUGAGUGCAGCCUCAGCAACUCAGGUGAAAGAAUUGAAAAGGGCCAGGGAACAUGAGACCCCUCAGAAGAGCCCCCUGGCCAUGUGACAUCACUCGCCUGACUCCUCCUUUCUUUUUUUGUUUGUACCCGAGACAUUUUACAAGAGGAAUGGGAGGGGGUGGGGGUGGGGGGGGGACAUCAAUGCAAACACUGCGAUUAUUACUACUUCUGCGGUGUUACUGGUUCAACUACUAUUACAUGUACGACAGCAUUUUUUCACAUAUCUAUUCUUUCCACUGACUCGGUUUUGGUCGGAGAGUGGCAACUUUGGGAUUAUAAACUAAAAGGGGUCGGGGGUGGGUGUGGGGGUGCAGAACAUUUGCUUCAUGGCAUUUUUGUUGCACUUUUUUUUUUCAUGGAUUGCGUUUUUUUGGGAAUAUGAAGAGGUUUUUUGGACGGUGAGGAGGCGAACGCAGGACAUGCCUGAGGAGGUCUGUCAAACAGGAGGACCUCAAGACGUAAAUUAAGGCUACUGCAGAAGAUCUCAGAGGAUAAGGGGGAGACCACGCAGAAAAAAAACACUCUGGGCUCUAAUUGUGUUUUAAGUGACCAAUCAAUUCAUUUGAGGAAGGAUAUUUUCUUUUUUUUUUACCAAAUAUAUUGGUCACCCACACACACACACACUUCUAUCCACUGCUGUAGAUGAUAUAAUAUGAUAUUCAAUUUAGCUCAACAAUUCCCACUGUCCCACUGUGCUCUACCCCACCAGUCUGCCCACACGGGUGGAGCUACAAAUGAAUGUAGUCCGGGGUUUAACCAUGCAGAAGCAGAUGGGGGAUAAAAUAUUUUUGUUUUUGCCAUUUCUUUAUAAAAAAAACAGAAGAAGAAACCUAUGCUUUAUGGUAUAUAUUGUCACUUUAUUACUUGAAUUUGUUCCAUACUGUCCAAUGUAUUUGUUCCAUCAUGUCCAAUGUAUUGGUGAUCUGUAUCUUCAGACUCUAUGUUGUUGAAUCCUACCAAGAAAAAAAAUGCAUGACUUCUUGGCAAGAAAAGUCUUUGCGUGUGUGCUUACGGUCUAGUCUUUCAGCCUAUCCUCUGGUUUCCUUUUUGUUUCCAUCUUAUCCCCCAUAAGUUCUGUC